AUGAUGUCAGAUAAGAACACCGGUGGCGUGCCGUCGCGGGGGAACAGCGAGGACGCCGACUCCCUGAGGAGCGUCCUCAACGGCUACAUGACAACGAGCAACGCCACCACCAACACGGACGCCAGCAGCGUGGCAGCGACAACGACCACUACGACAACGUACAGCGAUCCCGACCCGUCCACGUCGGCAACAACACCGGUGGCGCAGCACGAUGGGCCGCAGUGGAAAGCCGUGGCCGAGGCGUGGAGGUGCAGGGCCAAGCGUCGGCUCUCCACCGGUAUCCCGUCUCUAAGGCCAACGAUGACGUCGACACUCCGGCGCUUCAGCAUCCGCAGGCCGAACCACGGCGAGGUGCAAGAGUUCUGCGUACUCAAGCCAUCCCUCCGCACUUUCUCCCUCGCCGAGCUCAAGAAUGCCACGCGCAACUUCAGCAAAGAGAACGUGGUGGGCAGGGGAGGGUUCGCGAAGGUGUACCGGGGCAGUCUACCUGGCGGGGAGCUGGUGGCGGUGAAGAAGCUGACAGCGAUGCAGGGCAGGGUCCGGAUGGAGGGCUUCCUAUCGGAGCUGGGCCACAUCGUGAACGUGAGCCACCCUAACAUCGCUAGGCUCGUGGGCGUGGGCGUCGACGGCGGCGAGCACCUCGUGUUCCCGUCCUCCCGCCUCGGGUGCCUCUCCAGGAUGCUCCAUGGCAGCGGCGGCACAACACCGAUGCCGUGGGAGGCGAGGCACAGGGUGGCCAUGGGCACGGCGCGUGGGCUGGAGUACCUCCACGAGAGGUGCGCUAGGAGGAUCGUGCAUCGGGACAUCAAGCCUGCCAACAUCCUCCUCAUGGACAACUAUGAGCCCCUGAUAUGCGAUUUCGGCCUUGCAAGGUGGCUGCCGGCGAAGCUGACACACCUCCAGGUGACCGUCUUCGAAGGCACAUUCGGGUACGUGCCGCCGGAAUACACGACGCACGGCGUGUUCAGCGAGAAGACGGACGUGUUCGCCCUCGGUGUCGUGCUGCUCGAGCUCCUCACCGGCCGCCGCGCCAUCGACGCCGCUAAGCUCAGCCUCGUUUCGUGGGCAAAGCAGUUCCUCGACGGCGAAGACGAAGACGAGAUCCCGAAGAUGGCCGACCCUGCGCUGGGCGGCCGGUACGACGUUGAGCAGCUCCGCAACAUGGCACGGGCGGCCAAGCUCUGCAUCCACAGUUCCCCUGACCUUAGGCCACAGAUGAGCCAGGUCGUGCAAAUACUUAGAGGAGUGGGGGAGCCGCGACGGAGUGACGAGGGACACAAGAGGACCGACCAGCCUAGUGCGAUGCAGGAAACAAACGGCUACGAUGCAGCGAGAUACAUGGAUGAUCUGAGCCGUCAUAAGGCGCUCGCCUUCGACUUUCAGAAGGAAUCCACGUCGCUAGCAUUCAUAGAACAUGUUGAUUCUUGA